AGAGAGGAGGGAAAGGAGAAACAAAGAUAUUUAGUAUAUUUGGUUCUUAUUCUUUUGAAUUGUAGUUGUGUUUCAAUCGUGUGGUAGGCUAUUACUUGAAUUUCUACCUCACCUUUAUUAUCUUUGGACAUGGUUUUUGCACUUGUCGGCAUGGGCAUAUCCCUAAAGUGCAAGAUGGGAUUUUUGUUAGUAUUUAGUUUGCUAGUUUGUGGUUUAUUUUGCUUGCCAUUUUUCUCUUUAAAAAAUCCAUCCCUUUCUUUGUCCCCUUUCCUUUCCUUUUCCUUUCUUCUGGUCCCCCUCAUUGUAAGAAGAUAGGGUCCUCUUGCUACUUUAGACAUCAAAUCAAAAUGAAAAGAAAAAAGGAGCUAAAACUAAAUCAGUGGUACUAUGUUCUUGUACAUGUAUUUCUACAUCAUAAAAAACGGUCCGGGUCACAAAGCAUCUCGCGUUCACGCAGGAUCUGGGGAAGGGCCGCAUCCUAAGGGGUGUAAUGUAAGCAGCCUACCCUGAUGCAAGUAUCCAUGGCUGAUUCCACGCUUGAACCUGUUACCUCUAGGUAACAUAAAGACAACUUAACCGUGGCUCCAAGGCUUCCCUUCGUAUUUCUACGUCGUAAAAUACCAAAUAUGUUCAAAAAUUCACAAUUGCACGAAAUUUCACAAGAAUCAAAGAAUAAGUACUCUAUCAGUUAAAGGAUUUAAGUGGUAUACAUUAACUGUGUAAAGAUUUAUUUUUUACACGAAUAAUGUAGUUUAACCUAUUAUAAUUGCUCAAUUACUAUCGUUUUUAGGUUACCAAUUAAUGUGUAUCAUGUAAAUUUACAUGUAAUUAAUUGUUAGUACAUAGAGCUCGAACUCAUAGAAAAAAAGUACAAGGCUUGUUCAGUCAUUGAAAUUUUACUACUAUACAGCUUGACCACAUGCAAUGUUGAGUCCACUAAUCCCCCACAAUAUUGGUGGAUUUAGCAUGUCAUGGGUCCAUUUUUAAGUUUUCCAAUCAAAUGAAUAUUCAAAUUAAACAGUGAAUCAAAUAUAGGGAGUGACAUUUAUUGCCUUUGCCCUCACAUCAGUUCCCCAAGAUGAAAGCAAGGGUUUAGAAGUUAGAAACCUCAUCAUCUCCUUUUUGUUCUCCUUCCUUUUGUCGUUUUGUUCCAUUUUAUAUUCUUUCAAUUUUGUCCUACUAUUGUUACAUUAUGUUUAAAUUUUGCUAUGACAAUGUGCUUGACCUUGAAGGGGUAUCGGCGUAACUGGUAAAGUUACUCCUAUGUAUUAGGAGGUUGCGGGUGACCCCGUGAAAACAGUCUCUUGCAGAAAUACAGUAUAAAGCUGCGUAUGCUAGACCCUUCUGAUCCAGUCCUUUCUCGAAUCCCGCGUAUAACGGGAGCUUAGUACACAGACUGCCUUUUUAUGUGUUUGCCCCAUCCCCUGUAUCAAAGAAGAGACCCCUACCAAUCCUUUAUUGAGAUAUUCACUUUAUGUGUGGAGAAGCUAAGUUUUUAGUGGUUUGGAUUGACUUGAUAACUGGUGAAACAGUGGGAGAGGUGAAAGCAGUUGCAGAUAUGCACCAGAGGAAAGCAGAGAUGGCCAAACAUUCUGAUGCUUUUAUUGCUUUACCUGGUGGCUAUGGAACUCUAGAAGAACUUCUUGAAGUUAUAGCUUGGGCUCAACUUGGAAUCCAUGAUAAACCAGUAGGACUAUUGAAUGUUGAUGGUUACUACAAUUCCCUUUUGACAUUCAUUGACAAAGCUGUGGAGGAAGGUUUCGUCUGUCCUAACGCGCGCCAAAUUUUUGUAUCUGCCCCUACUGCCAAGGAACUUAUGAAUAAACUCGAGGAGUACUCUCCGAGCCAAGAAAACAUUGCUUCAAAACUAAAUUGGGAAAAGGAGGAACUAGAAUAUCCUCCCAAAUGUCAGAUACCAUUAAGGUAGUCUAUUUGGAAAAUCAGCAGAAGCAAAGAAGAUGGUAUUAGGAAAAUCAGCAAUUUAUAGUAACAUGAUUGCAGAUAUCCUUAAACUCUUCUCAGACCUUUCUGUCUAUAUGAAGGUUGUCAUUUGUCAAUUGACAUUGAUGAGAUUCUCGUGUUAGUACAUGCCUUAGGAUUAUGCUCGAAUUCUUGAAUUUGCGAGCAAACUAUGUUCAUAGAAGUCUACUUAUUCCUUGUAUUCUGGAUAAUUAUAGUUUAUUUCUUGUUAAAUUGUAGUGCUACAUGUAAACUUAUCAAGACGAUAUGCAAAAGCAGCUAUCAAACAUGAUCAUUUUCUUAUGAGUUUGUUCUAAACAUAAAUAAUAUUUACAGAAUCAAGUCACUUAAA